GAUUCCACAAUGCUGCUGUUUCGUGCUGCUCGGUUUCUCGUGACUGCCGGCAGUAUAGCAGCACAUACUGCCGGCAAGCAGCAUUUACCAACGCCUGUCUGCGCAUCUGAUCUUUGUCAGGAAGUUGCCAGUGACAUCGUCGCCAACAUGGACGAAACCGUGGAUCCUUGCGUGGAUUUCUACGCUCACGCCUUUGGCCGUUGGAACCCAACGUAUGGGUAUGAUUAUGGUCAAUACGGCGUCCUCAUGGCCAAGAUCUCCGUUCAGCUACAAGGCCAAAGUGCUGACCUCCGACGUUGCCAACGGGGUUCGCGACGCGGUCCUUCUUAAAGCGGCCUGGAUGGACC